CUCAGUCACAUGGGUAUGGAGACCGCAGUAACAUUUCCGGGUCAGAGCCGGGGCUGUUUCUAGCUGACCGCAAGUGGGAUUUAGGUCAUUUAUGGGGCGAAACCUUGACAGCAGAUACAGUCGAUGUGGAAAAUCAGGCACUGAAGGAUUUUCUCACAAAUGGAGCCAACUGCCUCAGACUUGAAGAUGAACAUGAAUAGCAGUACAACAAACUGGUUUGUUGGUGAUUCUGUUCUUGCACCUAUUCCUGGAGAUGGGAAGUUGUCAGAAGCCACAAUAAAGUCUAUCUCUACAGACGAAAAUGGUGAAAACGUAGCUCUUUUAAGAUUUUCCAAUUUCAACGAAGAGAUUGUGCCAAUUACAAGACUGCAAAAGAAAAAUAAAAGUGAAUGUUGGAAGGGUUUUAUAUUUGAUGAUGAAGAUUUGGAGAAGCCUUUUUUCAAUGACAAAAAGACAUUGGGGCCCAAGAUUUCUUUGAAAUUGUGUGAGGGAGGUAUAUAUGUUCCACAUACAAUUAACAGAUACCUGCGAGACUACCAAAGAGAUGGAAUACAGUUCAUCUGUAAACAUUACUUUCGUGGCAAUGGAUGUAUCCUUGGUGAUGACAUGGGACUUGGAAAGACUGUACAGGUUAUUUCCUUUCUAGCAGCUGUACUUCAUAAAACAGGAACCCGAGAGGAUAUUGAAAAUAACAUGCCCGAGUUUGUGCUGAAGACUAUGAGGAAGGAAUCUAAGGCUCUCAAUGACAAAAUUUUUCUGGUAAUUUCUCCUUUAUCUGUGUUAUAUAACUGGAAAAAUGAACUGGACACUUGGGGUUAUUUUAGAGUGUCUAUCUUGCACGGCAACAAGAAAGACCACGCAUUCAGCUGCAUUCGAAGGAGCAAAUGUGAAAUUGCUCUGUCUACUUAUGAAACAGUCCGCCUGUGUCUAGAAGAUAUCAACAGUAUUGAAUGGUCUGCAGUAUUUGUCGAUGAAGCCCACAAGAUAAAGAAUCCUAAAGCUCAGAUCACAGAGGCUUUGAAAGCCCUGAAAUGCAAGGUUAGAAUUGGGCUAACUGGAACCAUUUUACAGAACAACAUGGAUGAGUUAUGGUGUGUCAUGGACUGGGCCAUACCAGGCUGCCUGGGCAGCAGAGCUCGUUUUAAGGAAGAUUUUGGCAAUCCAAUUGAAUUCGGUCAGAGACACGGGGCAACUAAAAGAGAACUAGCUGUUGGAAGAAAAUCGGUCAGACAGUUGACAAAACACAUGUCCUUUUGGUUUCUGAGGCGCACCAAAUCUCUCAUCAGUGAUCAACUACCAAGAAAAGAAGACAGGGUGGUUUAUUGCUCUUUAACGGAGUUCCAGAAGUCUGUCUAUAAGGCAGUGUUGGAGACAGAAGAUAUAAAGUUGGUGAUGCGUGGCUGGGAUCCAUGUGAUUGCAACAGUGGCCGAAAAAGAAAAAACUGCUGUUACAAGUGCAAUCGAGAAGGUUCCACAGUGCGACAAAUCUACUUUAGUUACCUGGCAGUCCUCCGUAAGAUCUCCAAUCAUGUUGCACUCCUGCAGCCUAAUGAGAACACUAGCAAGAUGCAGCAAUCUACUGUCAGAGGAGUCUGCGAGCAUGUAUUUGACAAGUUUCCAGAGUUUGUAGAGCAGAGUAAAGAAGCUGCUUUUGCAACUAUUUCUGAUCCCAAGUACAGUGGGAAAAUGAAGGUUCUUCAACGCCUUUUGGACCACUUUAGAAGAAACAAAGACAAAGUUCUGCUUUUCUCCUUCUCCACCAAGCUUUUGGAUGUGCUGGAGAGACACUGUAUGGCUACUGGGUUGGAUUAUCGACGCCUUGAUGGGAAAACCAAGACAGAGGAGAGGGUCAAGAUAGUGAAGGAAUUCAACAGCUUGCAAGAUAUCAACAUUUGCUUAGUGUCCACAAUGGCUGGCGGUUUGGGACUGAAUUUUGUUGGUGCAAAUGUUGUUAUAAUGUUUGACCCAACAUGGAAUCCAGCUAAUGACCUUCAAGCUAUUGACAGAGCUUAUCGCAUUGGUCAAUGCAGAGAUGUUCAAGUCUUUCGUCUAAUUUCAUUGGGCACAGUUGAGGAAAUCAUGUACUUGCGCCAACUUUAUAAACAGCAACUGCACUGUGCUGCUGUUGGAAGUGAAAAUGCAAGGCGCUAUUUUAAUGCAGUUCAAGGAUCAAAGGAGCACCUCGGGGAAAUAUUUGGAGUCCGGAAUCUUUUCAGCCUUCGAAUAGGGGGGUUGUGCUUGACUCGGGACAUCAUUCAGAGGGAGGGCCAAGUAGAAGCAGGAGUGAUGACAGCCAUUACACAGUUGAGAGAAGAACCUCCAGUGGAUAGACAGGAAGCAAUCACCGACGCAGGAAAUACAAUGGAAGGAGCGAACCUGAACUUAUUAAUGCAGCCUAAUAAAGAAAACAGGGCAGCGUUGAGAAAGUCAGAACUAUUUUUUGACUUCAGCAGUGACAGUGAAACAGAACCUUCAAUGAAGAAAACUAAAAUGGAUCCAGUAGAAAUCAAUCACCAUCGAGAUACUGGUGGACAGCUCACAUUAGUCCAAUGUGGAUUUGCCAGAUUUUUUGACAGAAAAGGAAGCAGUAGUGAGGAAUCCAGUGAAAGUGACUGUCAUUCUAAUACUGAAAUAUUGCAGAAGCAGAGCACGGGAACUGGCACGAGCUUGGGUGCUGCUGUGGCACAGAGAAAAGACAUGCCCGGUUACCAGGCACGAGAUAGCUGUGCCGUGAAAGGAGAUGGUAGGCAUCCUAAGCAGGCGAAGCAUAACUGCAGCACUUCCACUGAAUCUGAAAGAAAGGCUGAGCCACCAGUUGACAUGGGAGCCAAUAACAGCAGGGAUGAGAAUAAUGUGGUCAGUACCUCACGAGUGUUCAGACAAAAGAAAAAAAUGCUUAUCAAGAGGAAAUCUCAGCUCAGCUUCCUUUCUACAGAUUCAGAGGAUUCAAGCAAUGAAAAUAAUUCCAGUAAGAAAAAGGCUUUAUCAUCUAAAAUUUCAGAUUGCCUUGGUGCAAAACCAUGCAUUGUUGAUGGUUCUCCCAACAUAACACAGGGGAAAACCUUGAGCCAUGUGGCCAAACUGAAAACUCAGUUGAACGAGAAAGACAGCAUCAGCGAUGAAUCAGAUGAUAUCGAAAUAACUACAGAGUCACCAGAUGUAAUGUCCAAUCCAUCUGAUGACAGUGCUGAAGCAGGCAGGCGAAACAUAAAAAGUAAUUCUGGAGCCAUUGUUAAAAAAGUGACAGCACAAUACAACAUUGAGGAAUUUUCAUCCUCUGAAGAUGACAUUACCACCAAGAGGAGCCGAUUAAAUGCAAAUGAUGAGAUCAGUAGAAAUAACAGGGGAAAAACGCGUAAGAAAGGUCAGCUUGGAACUCACAACAGACGCAGUGAAAAUGCCAAAGAUCUAACUGUACCCAAGCACCGGAAAUGGAGGCAAAGCCAGAGGGAGCAGUUGGCAUCAGUGAGCAAAUUGUUAGGUGAUGUAGAAGAAGUGGCUUUCAUUCAUUCAAACCAGCAUGUGGUUGGGUCCAGCAAGGCUGAGAACCAAAUGACCCAUACUGCAAUUCGUGAUGUGUUUGAACUAAAGCAGUAUUCCCAGGUUCCUGCAAACAUCACCUGCCAUACAGUUCAGACAGACGGGAAGGGUCAACAAGCAGCUGGUACCAGCACCUUGAUUAGGGAUGCACCCACAGGAAUCUAUAGAAAGCAGCUCUCUGGCUUGGCCCCUGUGGAAAAUUUACCUGAACAUGCUUUGAUCAACACCUCACAACAGGAGCCAAAAAUGCUGAGGGACUCCAGCCUGACUCAGUGUCCAAGGUCGAACAAUAUCCAGCCAGUCACGCCCCCGGAAGCUGAACUUGAGGAUAAUGUCACAGUGCAAAGGUCAAAAGGCUAUGCAUCCACAGGCCAUUCUGACAGAACGACAAAUAAAACAAUUAAUUUUAUAUGUGGAGCAUCAGCUGGCAGAAUAAGAAGUUUAAGAAAAAAAAACCUGAAGAAAAUGGCUCAGUAUUUUGAAAUGCAAGAUGAAGUUAAUUCACAAAAGCAUGAUUAUAUGUCAGGACAGCCUCAUAAAAAACAUAAUGUGAUGAUUGACAAAUCUGCCAGUGAUUUUGCUGAAGGCAUUGGCGACAGAAUCUAUAUGGGAUGUUCAAGUCCUUCAACUGCAGCAAGCAGACUGGAUGGGAGUGGGACUAGCUCCAAAAGGGCUGUGAAACCUCAGCAACAACAUGAAGAGAGAGGACCACCAGCAGCCAAGCCAAAGUGCACACCAAAUAACAACCACGAAAUAACGCAACUCAAAACCGACUCCAUCACAGAGCUGCUUGGUGACACCUCCAUACUGGAUCCAUUGUUCAACAGAAAGAAAAACCUUACAGCAAAGCCAAAGAAAGCUUCUGGGGAUGUGCCAAAAGGAAAGAGCAAACCUAAAGAUUUCUGGGAUUUUCUGAAUAAAAGUAGUGAAGAGUAUGCUAGUACAUUAACAGAUUUUUCAGUGAUAGAAAGGUUAUGUGAAAGUGCACCUCUGAAGACAAAGGGAAAGGAAAAAGAAUGGGAUGGUUCUCUUUGGAAAAAGAAUGAAAAGUUUUUGUGGAAGAAAACGUGAUCUAGAGAAUGGCUUCAGUGGCUCAACAUCUGGCACAUCGCUGGCAGGUUGCCAGCUAUAGAAACAACUUUCAGACUUUCAAUGGGGAAACAAAGCAAAAACCUACAAAUGAAUAAUGUUUUAAUUUAUCUAAAUGCAGUAACUGUAAAGCAAAAAAGCAGUAAUGAAUUUCUGCUUGCUUUUUUACAAAGUUGAUGUAUAUACAUUUCAUAGAUUGGCAGAAGAAUGGCGAGGUAACAGUAUACUGUUGGAAGUUAGCCAUUUGUUGCAUUAUAGUUGAUACUUUAACAUUAUUCUGAAAAGCAGACUUGUUAUUUAACAUUUUCAGUACAGUGGAUUCUGGUUAAUUGGGUCAUCGGUUAAUCAGGGCAGUCGCUUAUUUGGGACAACUUAUUGAAGAACAAAAACUAAUCGAGAAACUAGCCAGGACUCCCUUUCUUUAUUUGGAUCACUCUGCCGCUUAAUUGGGAUAGAGAUUAUUGCCGAACAGUUUCUAACUAGUGUCAGUUGUGUGCGCUGAUGUGACCUUUAGACACUACACUGUGCUUAGAGUGAACAGUUUUUAAAUAGCAUCAGUUGUGUGUACUUGUGCUUUUGUCUUGAUAGUUGGUGAGACAUAAGACAAUCCAGAACUGUUUUGCAUAUUGUGGUUUCAAGCAUUCAGACUUGGAAAUGCCAAAUUUGAAGGUAUCAGCAGUCAUCUCGAAUGUUACCUUUGGUCCCCACCAGACACUCAGCUCUGACCAGUGGCUACAAGUAACUGUUUGCAUGCAACAACAGUCAAACCCCGGUAUUCUGCUUUGAAAGGUGAGGGUGGCCAGCAAGUGUUAUACCCGGUGAGUUAGGGACAUGCCUAUCCUACUCCGGUAGUCUGGGUGGUCUGCAGUGAGAUCCAACAGCCAGGAAAGCAGUCCUGCAAUGCUGCGUGAGGAGCGAAGGGCAUGACGAGGCACAGAAGAAGCCACGGUCAUCCACUGCAACCAGGGAAACCCCUGUUAUGGUAUCUCCUUGUACCACUGGACGCAGACUUCUGAGGUCGAGAGAGUGAAACUGCCACAGUGCAGUGGCUUUCCAUUUUUAAAAAAACUCUUCGACACAGGUUACCAGUCAUUGUUAGAUAUGACAUACACCCACCAGUAGUAUUGGUAGUGUUCUAACCCUUGUUCUGUAUUUCACUUAACUAUAUAAUUUAUUACUCAGUUAUAUGGUAGUUUGCCUUUUUUAAUAUCUUUGUAACUAUAUCCACAAAAAUUCGGCUAAUGGGGCAGCUGUUUAAUAGGGCCAAAAUGUGCUGGUCCCGAUGUGUUCCAAUUAACUAGAAUCCACAGUAUAGGGACGCACAGUCUAUUUUAUACAGGGACUAUCUUAAUAGUUGAAUGUUACUUAGUCCUUAGAUUCUGAGAUUUGGUAGGGAAAUGCAGAUGGUUAUUCAGCCCAUCAAGUCUAUCCUUCAUCAGUGAGGAUGUGGAUUACAAGAGAUGAGACCUCAUGUUGCAACAGUGCAAGUUGUUGGUGAGACCACACUUAUUGCAUUGUGUGCAGUUCAAGUUGCCCAGCUAUAGGGAAAUGUCAUUCUGUACAGGGUACAGGAGAGAUUCACGAGGAUGUUAUUGGGACUGGGAGGAUUGAGUUAUAAGGAGAUGCUGGAUAGGCUGGGACUUUUUUCCUCGAGCCUGGGAGGUUGAGGGGUGACCUUGUAGAGAAUCAUGAGGGAUGGUCAUAGUCUUUUUCUCAGGGAACAGGAAUUUUAAAACAGAGCAUCGAGGAAAUCUGCUGGAAAUUCAAGCUACACAUGCAAAAUGCUGGUGGAAUGCAGCAGGCCAGGCAGC